ACAUGACUGAUUACUCGCUUUACUUGGUGACUGACUCCACUAUGAUCCCGGAAUCCUCGACCUUCUUGAAACAGGUCGAGGAUUCUAUUGAGAAUGGUGCUACAAUUGUACAAUUGCGUGAAAAGUCCAUUCUGACCCUUGAUUUCAUCACCAGAGCCAAGCAGGUCCACAAAUUGACAAAAAGGAAAGGAAUCCCCUUGAUUAUUAAUGACAGGGUUGAUGUGGCCUUGGCAAUAGAUGCCGAGGGCGUUCACGUUGGGCAAGAUGAUAUGCCGGCUACCCUUGUGAGGAAGCUUAUUGGGAAUGACAAGAUACUCGGAGUGACUUGUUCCAACCCCGAAGAAGUUGAUGCAGUUUGCAAGGAUGCCAUUGCAGAUUACGUGGGCCUUGGAACUGUGUAUGCUACUGCCACCAAAAAAGAUGUGAAGACUCCAGGGGGCACUGGUCCCAUUGGGCUCAGACGAAUGUUGCAGCGACUCUACAGUCACAAUAAGAAUAGUACCCGCAAAAUAUCUUCUGUUGCCAUCGGUGGUAUCAAUCAUUCAAACGCUGCUAAAGUCUUGUAUCAAUGCGCCAUUCCAGGCCAGAGUCUCGAUGGGGUGGCAGUAGUAUCUUGUAUCAUGGCCAGCGUGGACGCAGGAAAUGCAACCAAUAGAUUGGCUGAAAUUAUCAACGCACCUACUAAUUUUGCUAAAGAGGAUAGCUUUGCCCCUACAAAUGCUGACCUCACCCAAAAGAAAAUCUCUGUCCUUAAGAAUAAGCCAUUAGUUCAUCACAUUACCAACAACGUGGUGAAGAAUUUCAGUGCUAAUGUGUCACUCGCUAUUGGAGCUUCACCAGCCAUGUCUGAACUUCCGGAAGAGUAUGAGGAAUUUGCCUCGGUGCCUAAGGUGGCAUUGGUAGCGAAUGUCGGUACUCCAACCUCUGAAUUAUUGCAGGUUUUCAUUAGGGCAUUUCAUGCUUAUAACAAAGCAGGAAAGCAUAUUAUUUACGAUCCAGUGGCUGCAGGUGCAACAAAGGCUAGAUUGGAAGCAUCCAAGUUAUUAUUGAAUGCUGGUCAAGUGUCAGUAAUUAAGGGUAACGUGGGUGAAAUUCUGGCUAUAUACAAGUUGACCAGCACCUACCAGGAUGAUUCUUCCGAGGGAGUAUUGAUGAGAGGGGUUGAUUCAAUUGCAGACGUUAAGGAAGAGCAAAUUAUCAAAAUGGGAGAAGAGGUAUCGAUCGAUUUUAAGACAAUUGUCGUGAUUACUGGUGCCGUCAACUAUGUCAUAGAAGGCAGAAACCACCGUAAAAUUCCGGGAGGGCAUGAAUUGAUGGGUUCCAUCACUGGAACUGGAUGCUCGUUGGGUAGUGUUAUUGCAGCAUUCGCUGCCUCAAAGGAAUCCCAGUUUAACUUGUUUGAGGCUGUAUUCGGUGCAGUUGAGCUCUAUAACAUUUGCGGGAAAUUAGCAGGGGAAAAUUCGAGAACUCCGGGGACUUUCAUGAUCAAUUUUAUCGACAAGCUCUACGAGUUUACCCAUUAAUAUGUCACUGAGAUGUCCUCCUGACAUUACAUUCUGCGAAUACUAGUAAAUAUACGUUAUUGC